AUUGUCUUUGGCUCAAUGCUGGAUUUAAUACGCAUAUAUUUUUGAAGGAUUCGUGGUUUUUUUUUUAACCUUUGAUUUUUGAUCUUCAUUUUUGUGACAGCCCCUGACUUGUACAUUAUUCGUCUUUUUAUUUUUGUAUUAUUAUUUUCUCUCCCCGCACUGCUCCUUGUCCUGAGGACUCGGACGCUGCGAGCGCGCGGGGCGAUGUACCAGAGCCUGGCCAUGGCCGCCAACCACGGCCCCCCUCCGGGCCCCUACGAGGCGGGCGGCCCGGGCGCCUUCAUGCACGGCGCAGGCGCCGCGUCCUCGCCGGUUUACGUGCCCACGCCGCGGGUGCCCUCCUCCGUGCUCGGCCUGUCCUACCUCCAGGGCGGAGGCGGGGGCACCGUGUCCGGGGCCGCCUCGGGCGGCAGCUCAGGGGCCGCGCCGUCGGGCGCAGGGCCCGGGACCCAGCAGGGCAGCCCGGGCUGGAGCCAGGCGGGAGCCGAGGGAGCCGCCUACACCCCGCCGCCAGUGUCGCCGCGCUUCUCCUUCCCGGGCACCACCGGGUCCCUGGCCGCUGCCGCCGCCGCCGCUGCGGCCCGGGAAGCCGCGGCCUACAGCAGUGGCGGCGGGGCGGCGGGCGCCGGCCUGGCGGGCCGCGAGCAGUACGGGCGAGCCGGCUUCGCGGGCUCCUACUCCAGCCCCUACCCCGCCUACAUGGCCGACGUGGGCGCGUCCUGGGCCGCGGCCGCCGCGGCCUCCGCCGGUCCCUUCGACAGCCCGGUUCUGCACAGCCUGCCCGGCCGGGCCAACCCUGCAACCCGACACCCCAAUCUCGUAGAUAUGUUUGACGACUUCUCGGAAGGCAGAGAGUGUGUCAACUGCGGGGCCAUGUCCACCCCGCUGUGGCGGCGGGAUGGGACGGGACACUACCUGUGCAACGCCUGCGGCCUCUACCACAAGAUGAACGGCAUCAACCGGCCCCUCAUCAAGCCCCAGCGCCGCCUGUCCGCCUCCCGCCGAGUGGGCCUCUCCUGCGCGAACUGCCAGACUACCACCACCACUCUGUGGCGCCGCAACGCCGAGGGCGAGCCCGUGUGCAACGCCUGCGGCCUCUACAUGAAGCUCCACGGCGUCCCCAGGCCUCUUGCGAUGCGGAAAGAGGGGAUUCAAACCAGAAAACGGAAGCCCAAGAACCUUAACAAAUCGAAGACACCAGCAGGUCCCUCGGGCAGUGAGAGCCUCCCUCCCACCACCAGCGCUUCCAGCAGCAGCGCGGAAGAGAUGCGUCCCAUCAAGACAGAGCCUGGGCUCUCAUCCCACUAUGGGCACGGCAGCUCCCUGUCGCAGACGUUCUCGGUCAGCGCGAUGUCCGGCCACGGGUCCUCCAUCCACCCAGUCCUCUCGGCCCUGAAGCUCUCUCCGCAAGGUUAUGCGUCUUCUGUCAACCAGUCACCGCAGGCCAGCUCCAAGCAGGACCCUUGGAACAGCCUGGCCUUGGCUGACAGUCACGGGGACAUAAUCACUGCAUAAUGUCACCUCCUUCCCUCCUUGGAUUCCUGCAUGGACUUGGGACUCGGAGGACAGCAGAGAUGAGGCUCUGGGCUCCCGGGGGCCGGCCUGCUCUGUCUGGGAAUGACUCCAGACAACAACUGGGAAGAAACUUGAAGUCAAUGAUUUGGUUAGGGGAGGGGGCGCUGGAUUUUAUUGGAUAGCUUUGCAAGGUGGGGGACUGGAGACAGCGCAGACUCUGAUCUGGAAGAGCCCCCACCCUUCGCCAGAUCACACUUAAGCCCCUUCCACGGAGUUGCAGACUCUUUCUCAUUUUCUGCCUCACCACCCCUGACAAGAGACGAGAUGUCCUUCUCCCUUGUCUUUCCACCGCUGUGGCCCGAAAUGGUGGUUUUUGCACGGUGUUCCCAGCACGGGGGAUCCGAGGGCAGGGUGCCGGGGCCCCUGCUCCAGCCUGAAUCAGGGUAUCUGAUGGACGUGUGUUUGGACGCCUUGGCCCCUCGGCGGGUCCUGCCCUCGCCCAACACUCCCCUUCCGGCUCGGCACACCUGCAUCCCUCAUACUGAAUCUUGACUCCAGAAACACGGGGUAGGGCCAGUGUUACCGCAUGCUCCGUGGGGAGAUGGAGGAGGGGCCGCUUCUCCCACCGCAGAGUGGCUUCGGCAAACUCGCAAUCUGGCAACUUUGCCUCCCACGCAAGUUCCUUCCGCGGCUAAAAUCGCUCCUCCUCUUCAUCCCCGAGGCCUUUGAAAAUAAGCGCCCCUCCACUGCUCUCGGUGAUUCAGCUCUGCCCGCAGCCUGAACACGUCCCCAAAUCCUUCUUCCACCCCAUCACGCUCAGGGGGGUCCUGAGUAAGAACAAAAACGGUUCUGGUGCUGAAGCAAGUUUGACUAGCAUUCAUCCAAGACUUGAGAUCUUUCUGGAGAGGAUGUCUAGUGGACACCAUCGCCGGGCCUGGAGCUGCGCUGCGCGGGGCGGGGUUGUCAGCCUGGAAUUUGCGCAUGCGCCGUGGUUCCGCGGAGACGCGUCUGUUGCCGGGACUGACGACCGAGGGCAUCCGAGGGGCACAGCUCCUGCACCCACGUCCUUUCUCCAGCAGCAGUCUUUUGUCCAGGAGGCCAAAUGCUAGGGGCUUCUCAACAUAAUUUCAAACCAACACUACACAACUCAUGGAAGAGACGACGAGUGAUGAGAAGACACCGGGCGGGCGGCCGGGGGCGGGGUGCCCUCCCACUCUCGCGGGCUGGGAAUCGGCCUCCUCUCCACGUUGCUGUCGCUGCCCGUGGCCCUGGGCUCACGAAGACGCUUCCUUCCGUGUCCUGGCUGCCAACAGAAUGUAGCUGACUGGCCUUCCUCUGUGCUACUCCAAACACCCAGCCCCCAGCCCAAAUCCUCCUGGCGGUAGCAGAGAGUAUCUUUAAACCCAGGUUCUGUUUUAAUCAUUUACAUCGCUUUCUUCUAAGAAAGCCGCCUUCAUAUACCUUCCUUAAUCCACAAACCUGCUAACGUUGUCUUAAGGUGAAAUGGUUGUAAAAUCAGUAUUUAACUAAUAAAUUUAUCUGUA